AAAAUAUAUAUAUAUAUAUGUAUUUAAUGUCCAUACGCGACCAAAAUAAAAAACGGUUAAAGGAUUAACCAGAUAAAAAGGAAGUGCAGGUCACAACAUUGCGGUAGCGAUAUUCAUCUAAAAGAAUUUAUAAUAGUGGAGAAAUUGUAAAUGUUGAUUGAAAAAAAAAGGAAGAACGGACUGUACGUUUUGUUGCUCAAUGACGUUCACGCAACACUUAUUUUUACUAAUUCUUAGUUGGAACGUUUAUAAGAAAGAAAAGAAAAAAGAAAGAAAGAAAGAUUUAAUAGAAGAACGAACAAAUAGGGUGCAGUGCACAUUUUGUUCGUAUUCCUGCCUGCGUAUUUUCAACGUAGAGCAACAGAGUAUGUAUAUGAUAAUGGACGAUCAUAUCUAGUCUUAAAGACAAGUCGGUCCAUUCUAAAUCGCAACUUAAACUUAAAUGUCCGAUCACUGCGGUUACGUCGUGUUUAAACACAUUUUACGAUGUUCACGAACCGAUAAAAAGACAGUGCGGACGACUUUAAUUACUACUUAAAUAAAUGUACUAAAUGUGUAUUGUUGUUUAAAUUAAACUCUUAAAAAAAAGGAAAAGAAAAAGAAAAGAAAAAAAAAAGAUCAUUUAUAGAUGAUAACGACGAAAAGUGCAAUUCGGAAAGUAACUGACUGAAAGUCAUCCGGAAUUACACGAAAAAUAUGUACGCAAUAUGUAUGUAUGUAUGUACGUACGUAUGUAUGUAUGUAUGUAUGUAUGUAUGUAUGUAUGUAAGUGAAUAUGCAUGAAUGAACGUUUGCAUGUGUCGUGUGUGUAUAUGUGUGUGUAUGUAUAAAUAUGUACACACACACACACAUAUAUAUGCCGUGCAGCGGAGAAAAUGUAUCGACAAAAAGAAAAAAGAAAAAAAAAACUCGAGUCAAAUUUUUUAUAAGGGGAACGAAGGUUAACGAAGAAUAUUGUUAAAAAAAAAUUAUUAUAUUAUUGUGCUUAAAAAUCUUCGAAUUUUUAUUUAUUAUCUUUAAAAAGAUCUUAACUUUGACAUAAUACGUUUUAUUGUAUAUAAGUAAAGAUCUAAUAAAAAACAACACGCUCCUAUAUCUUUUGGAUAAGUGUAUGUAUGUAGAUCAAGAGAUAUAAACUUGAUUUUUCCAUAUGAUUAGAGUAUAGUUUCACAUACAUAAACUUUCUUAUUUUUUAACAUUAAUAGUGCAUUCUAUGCUAUAAUGGAAUUUUGAUGAUUCGAUCGAUGAUUUUAUAACAAUAAUUUGACUAUUGCGAUAUCAAUAUUGAUAUUUAAAAAAAAAUGUUUAAACAAUUCUUUCUAAAGCGGAGAUUUUUAUUAUGAUUUUGUUGCAUAUAUUCGAUAAUUUUAUUUUUAUUUAGCCUCUUUUUCUUUGCUGGCGAUAUCAAAAAUGCAUACAAUAUUGCAUAACAUCACUAUAGAAAAACAUUUGCUUUAAAGUUAUAUAUCUUAUAUCCAUUGUUAUGUAUUUAUCGAAAUAGUGGAUGUAGUGUAUAUAUAUUAUGCAUAUACAUAUAUAUAUAUACAUAUAAAUAUAUGCAAAUGUCAAGUAUUAUUCAGCAGGUAAUUGAGGUUGUACAAAUGAAAAUGAGUUCACAACAGAACGAUUCGUUGGCAUCUAUAUUUCUAAGAUUUAAGUUCUAUCUCUUGUUAUGAUGUCUGUGAUGAAUCUCGCACCACGCAGAUACAAAGAUUAGUGGAAACAAUAGUGGAAUGAUCUGUCCCUUUUUGAUCACAAUUUAUUAUUCAAAAUACAACAUGUGUAUAUAUAUUUUUGAAAGAGAAAAUUUCGUGAAAUGUCUAUUGUCCGUUCGCAAAUGUUCCAAAUAACGCUUUAACAAAUACGUUUCGAAGAAACGAUCGGGAACAAUAUUGUUAAUCAUUGGUUUCUGUAUUUACUUUUAUCGUAUAUGUGUGUGCGUGUGCGCGUGUGUGUGUAUGUAGAAUAAGUUUAUAUUUAAUAACAUGUAUGUACUAAGAGAGAAAGAGAGAGAUAAAGAGAGCGAGAGAUACGUGCUAAAGAAAUAAAAAAAAUAAAUAAAAAAUAAAAAACAAAAAAAAUUAAAAAAAACAAAAAGAAAAGAAAAAAAAAACUAGAAAGAAAUAACAAAUAAAAGAUUUAACAAUGUUAGAAUGGAAAUCGUAUCGCACGGAGUAAUAAAUGAAAGAACAGAAUUAUAUAUGAAAUAGUGUAUAAAAGCGAGAGAGAGAGAGAGAGAGAGAGAGAGAGAGAGAGAGAGAGAGAGUACGAGAGAGAAUUUGAGUUUAAGAAUUUUAUUGAAUUCAAAGAUGCAAGAAAAUAAAGGCGACUUAAUGACACAGGGCCGUUUUAUGUUUUAUUUUCAUUAUCGAAUUCUGUCUAUCUAUUAUUAGCAACCUUUGAAAUGUAUGUGCGACUUUGUACCACUUUGGCAAAUUGUAAAUAAUUUAAAAGAAGUUAGUCGAAUUUGAUAUAAAAAUUUAAGAUUAAACAGUGAAGAUAGAAACAGAGGAUGAUCUGAAGCAGAACGGGAAUAGGUCGAAGGAUUUCGAAAACGAUUUGGCCUUCUAAAAGUGAUCGAUACGUGGUUGCCCGAGGACCGUGUAAAGGGCCGAUAUCCGUGCCACUUGGAUCCCCUGUUUCCUCCUCUACACAUUUACAUGUUAGCAGCUUUGCUUCGUCGUCGUCGUUUGUAGGGAGAGCACGCAGUCGCAAAGUGAACGCGCAGCACCGUGCUCGUGAUCACCAGGCCAACCUAUGUAGGAGUUCGAUUUUGACGUUCGUAGAAUCGACUACUCCGUGCUCUCGUUAUAUACUGUCACUUUAAUUUUCCCUCGUCUUUCAAUCCAACACAUAGUUAGCUAACUGUCUAUUUUGUGCAUCCUCGUGUUCUUUCCUUUUCUACGCGUCUGCGUUCGCACGUUGUUUAUUCACCUCCUAUGCGAUCCAAUGUCCUUCGGGAAAUAAAUAUCGAGAGGUCGUUUUAUUAGAGUCAGUUGUUGGAUCUUGUUAUUGAAGUGGUAGAAAAAAAAGAAAAAGAAAGAAAGAAAAUGGAGAAAUUGAGAUCGUUGAAAUCAAGGAUUACAAAGAAAACGAUGAUACGUUGUUUUAAAAUUUGCCCUAUUAGAAGAUCGAUAUCGUUUUAUCGAACUACGGUUAACGUCGAGUAGGGAGGAGGGAAUAAAAAAAGAAAAAAAGAAAAGUCGAGCCUCUCUCUUCUCUUUCUCGGGAAGAGCCCUUCGACGACCGCAAUGCGCGCGCGGUGAAUCGACGACGGACACUCUGUUGUUCUACAUCCCGAAUCAUUGUGAAAUACUGUUACCAUCUUAAAGCGUAUAAUAUGGUAACUAUGAGCUCCGAAAAGUCGGCCUCCCGCCGAAAGCCAAUAGAGAAUAAUGAUACGAGAGAAUCAUCGGAUCAAACUGGAGACAGGGAAGAGAAUGAUCGAACCGAGGAGAAUGUUGAGAAACAAAAUACACCCACGCAUCGUGUCACUGCCUGUUGCGCUGAAGAUACUCCAAAUUAUCUCGUCUAUAAAAAGAUGGAAUCUCUGGUAGAAAAAAUGUUGGAAGAAGCUACAGGUGUCCCUGUAAGAACAGUGAAAAGUUUCAUGACGAAAACUCCAUCCGUCUUUACAGGUUCCGAUUUGAUAUCGUGGAUGAUGAAAACUAUGGAUAUUGAUGAUCAAGAGGCUCUUCACGUGGCACAUCUCAUGUCAUCUCAUGGUUACUUCUUUCCCAUUGAUGAUCAUUGCCUUACCGUUAAAAACGAUAACACAUUCUAUAGAUUUCAAACCCCUUAUUUUUGGCCAUCGAAUUCUUGGGAACCAGAGAAUACCGAUUACGCCGUUUAUCUAUGCAAAAGAACGAUGCAAAAUAAAACUCGUCUCGAAUUGGCUGAUUACGAGGCCGAGAAUCUAGCUAGAUUGCAGAAAAUGUUCUCUCGAAAGUGGGAGUUCAUUUUUAUGCAAGCAGAAGCACAGAGCAAAGUCGAUAAAAAGAGGGAUAAACUGGAAAGGAAAGUGUUGGACAGUCAAGAGAGAGCCUUCUGGGACGUACAUCGGCCAAUGCCUGGCUGUGUAAAUACAACAGAACUCGAUAUCAAGAAAGCAUGUCGCAGUCAAAAACCAAUCUUGAGAUCUAGUAAACAUCUGAAACUUGGGAUUGCUGGUGGAAGGAUUUCUCCUCAUUCGGAAUCUUACAUAGCGUUUACGAUAGAAUCGUUGCAAAAGGAAAUUGAUAUGUUGAAAGAUAGAUUGGAUAGGAGAAAUAUCAAAGUAUCUAAAGUUGCGGAAGCUCUUAUCGGAUACUUCGAACAGUAUGCCGAAUAUGAUCCAUUUUUUACUCAACCUGAAUUUACAAAUCCAUGGGUAUCGGAUAGUUCAGAAAUGUGGGAGCAAGAGAAAAUAGCGAAAGAAGUAUCUACGAGAAGAGUGAAGAGAUGGGCGUUUGGUCUUCAAGAAUUAUUACAGGAUCCGGUCGGUAGAGAACAAUUUAUACGAUUCUUGGAGAAAGAAUUUAGCAGUGAAAAUCUCAAAUUUUGGGAGACCGUGCAGGAAUUGAAAACCUUCUCACAGAAAGAUGUUAACGUUAAGGUUGGAGAAAUUUGGAACGAAUUUUUGGGUCCAGAUGCGAGCUGUCCAAUUAACGUCGAUUCUAGAUCUUUCGAAAUAACGAAAAAAAAUUUGGAAAAACCUGAUCGUUGGUGCUUCGAUAUCGCUGCGGCUCAUGUUUACCAUCUUAUGAAGAGCGAUAGUUAUUCGAGAUAUCUUCGUUCUGAGAUGUACAAAGACUUCCUUAAUGGUUCGAAGAAGAAGACGUCGGUGAAAGGUAUCCGAUCAAUCGUAUCUUUCACUGGGCGCAGAGAUACGGCAACUUCGUAAUCUGUCCUGAUCUUUGAAAAUAUCACAUAGAAAAUGGGAAAAGUGCAGAUAUCAUUUCUAAUCAUUAAUCACGUAAGUUAACAAAUUUAAGAUUUUUGAGAUAAUGUCAUUUAAUUCAAUCGAUAGAGGAACUUUCGAUUUACGCGCGUACGUGAUAUGUUCCUCGAUAAACGUUCAAUAACAUCGGAAUAUAUCUAUAAAAAAUCAACUUGAUGAUUAAAGAAGCAUAAUUGUUUAAAUUACGUAUUGUAAUAAUUAUGCUCUUAUGAAAAGACUUAACACAGAGAAACAAAACUAUAUGUUUAAAAGUAUUCGUCAUACAGCUAUUUUCGUAUCACUCUAUUUAUUAAUUGGAUAUAUGGUUUCCACAAUAUACAAAAUGUAUCUGUAGAUAAUGUAUGUAAAAUAUAAAAGAUAUAGAUUGUUUUUAAGCUUGUAGAAAGCAAUAAGAUAUAUCGUAAGAAAUACUGGUAGACAUAGUGUAAUGAAGUGAGUCAUAAAAUAGUACAACAAGUAUCAAAUGUACAGUAGUUAUAUGCUUCCUAGGAUGAUAUUAUAUUAAUCUUCGUUAUCGUAAUGAUCCUGCGUAAUACAACAGAUUCAACAACUUUCAUUUUAAAAAGUCUAUCAUUAAAAAAAGAAAGCAUCUUCAUAUUACGAUUAUGCAGCUUUGUAAGGCUGUGAAGAGUACCAAUAAUAUAUGUGUUUUUUCUAUUUUGUAGUAAAUCUUCAUUCAACAAUUUGAUUUUAGCGACGUCAGAAAUGUAAUCAAAAGGAUCCAAUGCUAUGAAGUAGUAAGUACCGACAAUGAUCAGACUGGCAUUUACUAGGCCCAAUAGAAACAGGUGGCAAUAAUCAAAUGUGCCGAAUAUGGUUUUCUACUUAGUAGUAUACACUUUCGUUGACAAAUCGUCGUUGAUAAAACUGUUUGAAAUGUCAACUAAUGUUCUAUAAUUAUUAUAUAUGUAUAAUACGUACAGCUUUUCUGCGUCGUGUAAAUGGACUUAAAAAUGGACAUAAGUGAAAAGAGUUAAUGUUUGAGGUAGACAGCAUAUAUAAGACUCACAGAUGUGUA